AUGAUGGCAUCACCCUUACAUCGUGAGUUCGGUCGCUUCUCAUUUGUCCUAGAGGAGACAACAAGUCACGAUCCCCGGUACUCCGCCCCUCAUAGUUCUCUGCUCGCCGUGCAUGCGGCCGUUAGUAACAUCCCGCACGCGACCGGGCGCGGCGAACUGAUCGCGAAGACCAUGCAGCACCUACGAUGGCUAGGCGACUGGAUCACUCGUUAG